CAAGGUUUGAUUCCCAGACAGGUCCAUUGAGAGAGAACUACACUAGCAAGAUGAACACUUUGCUGUUAAGCAUUAUUUUAGUCACCAGCUUCAUUAAACCAGGCUUUUGCUGUUCAAACACAUCAUCUACCAUCUCAUCUGCUAACAAAGACUGUACAACAUGUAGCCAAAAUGCACUUUGUACAAUAAGCGGAUCUUCACUGACUUGUACUUGCAAGAGUGGCUUUGUCGGGGAUGGCUUCAUCUGUUAUGAUGAAACCACGUGCAGUCCAACCUGUUGUACUUAUGGUUAUAGCUGGAAUGGAAGCUGCUGCAUACCAGACACAAAUUGCUCAUCACCAUGUGCUCAGGAUGAAAUCUGUACAAAUACUGCAUCGGGAUGGACCUGUUUAUGUAAUAAGUCCUUAUACUAUAAAGAUCCAACACUGAAUGCAAAGUUUGAUUGCACACUAAAGAUGAGAAUAUAUGUGCUCAAAUGCCAAGCAGAAACUCUAGGGUUUAAUACAUCCACUAUGCACUUGAUAGAUCCAACUUGUACAGGGGUUGAGUCAAUUGUUGGCGGCCAGAGAAUUGUAGCAAUUGAAUUUAAUCAUACUGCACAGGAGUGUGGCACUACAUUUCAGAGCGAUGGGAGUUUGUCAUUCUCCAAUGUCAUGUAUAUCGACCCAGCUGUUUCAGUUGUUAUCACUGCAGCGCCUAAAAAUGUCACAUUUACCUGCAACUACCCUAUGAAUUUGGAGCUGAGUCUGGAUCUUGCCAUAAACCCCACUCAAGCAACAGCCAGUAAUGGACCGAGCAGCAUUGUUAUCUCGGGAAGCUCUUCAUUCACAGUCCAAAUGUUAUUGUUCAAGGAUGAUUCAUUCUCAAGCCAGUAUGCUCAAGGGGCUCCUAUUGCACUGACUGUAGAGACCCCACUUUACAUCUCCGUGAGAUCACCAGAUGCUAAUGGUCUUAUUUUUGCUCUGCUACUAAAGACUUGCUAUGCAAAUCCUUCUCCCUAUGGAAAUGGUUCUGUUAGCUUCGUCUUCAUCAAAGAUUUCUGUCCUGUGGCUGGUGUUCCUGGAUUGUCAGUGAUAGCAAAUGGCGCUUCUCUUGAGAGCCGAUUGAAGUUCAACCUGUUCAAAUUUGUCAACUAUCCCAGUGUCUAUAUCUUUUGUAGCAUACAGUUCUGUGAUCACAGAAGUGCAUCUUGUAUACCUACAUGCGGCGCAAAAGAAUUGCCCGAAGGAAAAGGUUCACAAGACACACUUGUCAGAAAUGGUCCUAUUGAGUUGAAAGGUAUGUACAAACUUUAAUACUGCUUGGUGCUU